CUUCAGAGUUUACCGGUUACAAACCCACACGAAUUGCCGCCACCACCCCACACGACAUCCUACAACCCCAGCCUCAUUCCACCGGGCCCGCACCUCAGACCACAGGUGGACGAGGCCACCUGCCGGCCAGCUUCUCCGGCCACCACCGUCGACCGUGUAAAACUUGCACUGACGAAGCCUACCUUCUUAUCCGGCGGCGGGGCCAUGGGGUUCUCGCUGUACCCCACCAAGUCGUCGACGCGCACGCCGUGGAGCACCAGCUUCUUCCGCCACAAGUUCCCGGCCGCCGCGGUGUCCUUCUGAUCAGGCUAGCUCCGGCCGCCCGGCGGUCGACCUCGCUCCGCGCUUCAAGAAGAGUGCUUGGCGCAUGGACCCCGCUAGUAGCCUGAUCAGCAGCUCCGCGGUACCAUUCCCUGCUGCCGGCGAUGGCGGCGGACAGCGACAGGUGUUUCUCUUUGGCGGCGGAUUCGUUGGAGGAGCGCCGCCGUUGGUGGGUGGUGCGGCGGACGGGCGGCGCAAGCGGCCGUUCCAGCUGACGGCGCACGAUGAGCUGCAGCUGCAGCUGCAGCUCCAGCUGGACGACGAGCUGUGCGGCCUGGACUACGAGCUCCAUGGGCCGCAGCAGGAGCGGACAACGAAGCGGCGGCUGACGGCGGAGCAGGUGCGGGAGCUGGAGCUGAGCUUCGAGGAGGAGAAGCGGAAGCUGGAGCCCAAGCGGAAGCUGGAGCCCGAGCGGAAGAGCGAGCUGGCGCGGAGGCUCGGGAUCGCGCCGCGCCAGGUGGCCGUGUGGUUCCAGAACCGCCGCGCGCGGUGGAGGAGCAAGCAGCUGGAGCAGGACUUCGACCGCCUCAGGGCCGCGCACGACGACCUCAUCGCCGGCCGCGACGCGCUCCUCGCCGAUAACGAUCGUCUCCGCUCACAGGUGAUCACGUUAACUGAGAAACUGCAAACGAAAGAGUCGGCGGCGGCGGCGGCAGAGCCUGGAGAGCAGACAGUUGCCGCCCAAGCGACAGCCUACGCUGUCUUGGAAGGAGACAAGCUCUGCUCCGGCAGCGCUGCAGCGCCGGCGGCGGCAGGGACCAACGACAGCCCGGAGUCGUACUUCGCCGGGGCGCGCUCGCCACCGUCGUCGCCAGAGGACGACGACCGCGCCUUCUUCUUCCCCCCGGACGCCCUGCUCAACAACUGGGCAUGGGUAUGGAACGAUCGGCAGUAUUAGGGGAUGCACGCAUAUGGCUAGGAGUGCAAAGUUGACUAAAUUUGCUGGUUCUAAAUGUCAUAUAUAUCACCCUUGAUCAAACGAACAUGGUUCUUAUAAAGUUUAUUAAUUACCUGUUGGUUCUGUACUUGAUUCCUUGUUAGAUACGGAUGUUCCAUGUCUUCAUUAUCAUCGAGAAGAUGUUCUAUUU